AUGACUGUAGCUGCGAACAAAGCUCAGAAAUAUGAACGCAUCUACGAGAAAAAGGUGAGCACAUCAAUUGACGCACUGUGUCGUGGUUAUCCGCCGGAAUUCGCCAUCUAUCUGACCCAUUGUCGCAGUCUCCGUUUUGACGAGGCACCUAACUACGGGUUUUUGCGCGGUAAUUUCCGGAACCUCUUCCGCUCCUCCUCAUUCCUUUGGGACUAUGUGUUCGACUGGACACUUUUGCGUCAAAAGGCAUCAGCCAUGCAACAACAACAACAAUCACACAGCGCGCUGCAACAUGCGGGAGCGACAACUGGGAACCGGGAUACGCAUCAGACCACGGGCGCGUCGGCGACCGGGGCGAUGUUGACCUCAAAUGUCGCUACUGCAGGUGCUGCAACAGCAGCCACUGCGGUCAACUCGAACGCAGUCGGAAUGAUACCGGAAGUUGGAGGUAAAGGGAACAAGGAUUUGAAUUACGCGUUCCAAGCUGAAGCCGCUGCUGCACCGUCUGAGUAA